AUGAAAACCAAUUUAUUCAUGAGAAUUACGCAAUAUUACGCAAAAGGUUUAGAUUUUAAAAAGGUUAUUAAAAAAAUCAGUUCCAACAAUUUUCGCAUCGUCGAUCUAUUCUUUAAAUUCCGCAUAAACAGAAGCGAGUUUAGCAAGAAUUUACCAGAAGUUUUAAAUGAAUUUUCAGGAUAUGUUGCAUGA